UUCCCCCCACGAUCUCCAUUCACGAAAUCAAUCCCCUUAUGCAGCAUCGGUUUCACAAUUUAGUGCAAGGGACAUGAAGAGCCUUGGCCAUUACAUACGGGGCAACAAAAGAGUUUGCCUCAUUUGCCCAAAAGUAUGGUAAUGACGUCUAAGCCUCUUCCGACGUUCCAAGAUGACGACAAUAAUGCUGGUGCCAACGAAAUGGGGACACCCGUGCCCGAGGGUCGUAAGUCAAGCAACCAACAACAGCAAGGACAGCAACAGUUGCAAAGAGCGCCCAGUAAGGCGUUGACGACCACAUCCAAGGGAUCCGAAGCACCGGUUUUUAUGGCUCAGCCCAAACCCAGCAUGAAAUUGUCGACACAUCGCGGCUCGACGGUACAGCAGCAAGUGUAUCGCAUGAAUGGUGGUAUUCAUCCUACGGAUCUGCUGUCUUCGCGUCUGAGCGCUUGGCGACUUGCCAUCAAGGAUUUGAUCAAAUUGUUCCAGCAGAUAGAAGGAAUCGAAUCCAGAACGGCCGGUCGCUACAGCAAGUCUAGCAAGACGAUUGUGAUUCCACUACCCGAGGCUAAUGGUCAGUUCAUGGAAUCCGGUGGUAUCCAAGACCUAUGGAUGUCGUUCCGCAACUACACUGUGGAACAAAGUGUGCGCCAUCAAGAUUAUGUCAAUUACUUGGAUCGCUCUGUGCUGCCAAGUCUGCGCAGUAUCAAGAACGAUAUCAAGUCUAUGCUCAAGGCCAUUGGUCAUGACAAGAACUUGAAGACGACCAGCUUGUACGAGGGCCGUCGUCGCAUGGACGCACUUGUCUCCAAGCUGGAUAGCGCGAUUCAGUACAACACCCAAAUGCCUGAUUCGGCCCACCAGCGUCAAGAUCCAUUGUUGAUCAAUUGCGCUGUUUUCCAAGCCAACAAGAAUCUGUUUGACAGCGAAAACACGUUGCAUGAGAAUAUUUUAAACUUGCAACAUGAAAUCCACUUGUUUGAACGCAACUUGGUCGAGAGCAUUCGAUCAAUCACGCAUCAAUUGCAACAGUUCCGGAUGGAGAAGCUAGAAGCCCACAGUGCGUUCGGCCAAGUGACCACAACGUUCGGCAACAUUGGUGCCGAUACUGAAUGGGACGAGUUUGCUCGUCGUAACUCGGGGAACUUGAUCAGUACAGAAGCUGCGUACAAGACUGACCAGGAUAUCAGCUAUCCAAACCAGAACCACGAUCUCGUGCAGCCUGUCAAGGUUGGCCUGCUGGAGCGCCGAACGAGCAUUAUGCGCAACUGGGCGGAAGGACUGUAUGUUUUGACUCCAUCCGGCUUUUUGCACAGUUACAAAUCGACCCGACAAUUCGAUGAGGAUCCAUUGAGCCCCGAAGUGUCGAUUUUCAUUCCGCACACGAACAUCGAUUGCAGCAGAAACUACGACUCGAUGUAUCAGGAGAACGCCUUUGAAAUCCGCGGCAAGAACGCACAAUCCUUGGUUGGCAUGGAAAAGAGCUUUAUGCUCAGAUCACAAGACCAGAACGAUUUGCAGGAUUGGUUCAAUAGACUAGUCCAAAUGUCGGAUCGAUUCCGUCCCGAGCCCCUUAUUCAGCAGGGUCAAUUUGGUCAGCAACAACAACAACAACAACAACAACAGCAUGAUGAUGAUGAUGAUGAUGAUUAUGAUCAUGAUCAGCAACAGGGCGGUUAUGAACAACAGCAGCAAGGAUCUGAGCGUGCUUUGCCACCUAUGCCCGAAGAACAAGAGCCAUCGUCAUCGGGUUAUCAGCAACAAGGCCAACAGAACAAUCAGCAGCAGCAGCAGCAGCAGCCUCAAGUGAUCCAAGUACCUGUUGAAUACAUCCAACCGCAGCAAGCGGUUGCUACUCCUCAAGUCGAUCAGAGCGACAAGACCCAGCAAGCAUCACAGGUAGAGUCAGAUGAGACGCAUCAGCAAGAUAAGGGCAAGAGUCCUAUCCCUGUGGCAAAGUCAUCAAACACUGGCAAUGCGUAUCAACAAGACCAAGUUGACGAUGAUGAUGAUGAUGAUGAUGAUGAUGAUUGGGACACUGUUCCGCAACAAGACGGGAAUGCUGAAACUGCAUUGCAGCGCGACUGAAUCGUUGCCGCUAAACUAAGAAAAGAAGAAGACUUGAGAAAUCUAAUGAUGCGUCAUAGAGAGGAGAUUACAUCAUUGUGGUGUUUAACCAUGCUGUGUAACCUGUUUUUGUUGCUAUAUAUAAUGUACAGUUCUUUUUAGUUUUUUUCCCUUUACAGUACAAAGUUAACCCUAGUAAUAAACUUAUUUAUAAUAAUAAAAGUAUUAGUGAUAUUCACAUGUAAACAUGAAAAGAGAGGGUUUGU